UUCGUGUUAAAUGCGACCGGUUGCGGAGACUGAAACAGAGUCGCGGAUUUAAUUAGGUAUCUUUCCUCAGUUCUCCGUGGUAGCGAUCGCACAUCUCCGCUGCUAUUAAUCGUUUUCUCUCGUAUACUCGCGCUCUCUCUUGUCUGUCUCUCCCUCUCUCUCUCCCUCUCUCUGGAGUCUGUGGAGAUGAUUGUGCACCCUUGGGACGCAGACACCACAGCUGAGCCAGGCAUCUCUGCGCGUCCCUGGACUUCUUCUGGGUAAGAAGAAUGUCACCCACUUCUGCCGGUUCUGCAUUUAUUUAAGUGCCGAUUUUUGUUGGAAUCAUCUCUGACAUCCACUACUUGGUAUAGCCUUAUUAUAAUUGCCGCUUAAGGGUGUGAAAAUAUGCCAGAUCUUAGCGGGGGCUACGGUGCUUUUUCAUUCGCUGCUUGGAUUUAUAGGAUAAAAUAGACACAAAUUAGGGAAGUUAAUCUUGGAAUUGUAUUGGUCUCCUCUCGCUGACAUUUCCUAAACUAAUGGAUGUGUGAGGCUCCGCUGUUCAACAAGCCGCUCCAGGCUGCAGGAUGGACGCAGCUCUGAGCCCUGCGCUCCUGCUCGGUUCUCCUGCACAGCUUGUUGAAUCCCCUCCUCGGUGAGAGCGAUGAAGUGCUUCUAACAGACUCACAAGCAAGCCCCCUUUUUUUUUCCUCCUGGUGCGGAUUGCGCAUCCUUCCUAUAAAAGUUUACCAUGGCUGGCCAAGGCGUGCGUCGGAACUGUGUAUGGAGGCUGCUCUGGCUCUGGCUCAUGGGCACUGUGGUGGAUGUGGCGCUGCCCAUGCAGGAGACGUACGCGCCUCACUCGAUCCGGACCCAGGGCGAGCUGACCCUGGGGGGGCUGUUCCCGGUGCACGCCAGGGGCGCCGACGGCGCGCCGUGCGGGGACCUGAAGAAGGAGAACGGCAUCCAGCGGCUGGAGGCCAUGAUGUACGCCCUGGACCAGAUCAACCAGGACGAGCAGCUCCUGCCCAACAUCAGCCUGGGCGCGCGGCUGCUGGACACCUGCUCCAGGGACACGUACGCGCUGGAGCAGUCGUUAACUUUCGUGCAAGCCCUGAUCACGAAGGACACCUCCGACGUGAAGUGCACGAACGGGGAGCCGCCGGUGUUUGUCAAGCCUGAAAAAGUGGUGGGAGUCAUCGGAGCCUCGGCGAGCUCGGUAUCGAUUAUGGUCGCCAACAUCCUACGCCUCUUUCAGAUCCCGCAGAUCAGCUAUGCGUCAACAGCCCCGGAGCUGAGUGACGACAGGCGCUACGACUUCUUCUCGCGGGUGGUUCCCCCGGACUCGUUCCAGGCCCAGGCUAUGGUAGACAUUAUCCAAGCCCUGGAAUGGACUUACGUCUCCACCGUCGCAUCAGAAGGUAGCUAUGGAGAGAAGGGAGUGGAGGCCUUCACACAACUCUCCAAGGAAGCAGGUGGAAUCUGCAUCGCCCAGUCCUUGAAAAUUCCACACAACCCCAAGCUGGAGGAUUAUGACAAAAUAGUCCAACAGCUCCAGGAAACGCAAAACUCGAGGGCAGUCAUCAUCUUUGCUAGUGAAGAAGACAUACGGGGGGUGCUCAAUGCCACCAAGAGGAGCAAUAAGGUGGGACAUUUCCUGUGGAUUGGAUCUGACAGCUGGGGGUCCAAGAGCAGCCCCAUCCACCAGCUCGAAGAUGUAGCGGUGGGAGCAAUCACCAUACUGCCCAAGCGCUCCUCCAUUAAAGGGUUUGAUGAAUACUUCACUGGUCUCACUCUCGAGAACAAUCGCAGAAACGUGUGGUUUGCUGAGUUUUGGGAGGAAAACUUUGACUGCAGGCUGCUCAGUGCCUCAAAGAGAGAGGAUACGAGCCGCAAAUGCACAGGCCAAGAACGCAUCGGGAUUGACUCCAAGUAUGAGCAAGAGGGCAAGGUGCAGUUUGUGAUUGACGCGGUGUACGCCAUGGCCCACGCUCUGCACAACAUGCACAGGGACUUGUGUCCCGAUUAUCCUGGGGUUUGUCCACAAAUGGAGUCUGCAGAUGGAAAAACUCUGCUGCGGUACAUACGAAACACCAGCUUCAACGGCAGUGCCAGCACCUCUGUUAUGUUCAACAAGAAUGGCGAUGCUCCAGGACGCUAUGACCUUUUCCAGUUCCAGAACUCCUCCCCCCCGGAGUACAAGGCCGUGGGACAGUGGGUGGAAAAUCUCCAACUCAAGCUGGAAGAGCUUCAGUGGCCAGAUGGGGAGCAGGAGGUGCCCGUCUCUGUGUGCAGCAAGCCCUGCAAAACUGGAGAGCGGAAGAAAAAAGUAAAGGGCAUGCCAUGCUGCUGGAUCUGUGAGCGAUGUGAUGGUUACCAGUACCAGUAUGACGAGACUUCCUGCAGACUGUGUGCCUACAACAUGAGGCCCAAUUCCAACAGAACCGCCUGCCAGCCCAUUCCCAUAAUCAAGCUGGAGUGGCACUCUCCUUGGGCCAUCAUCCCCGUUUUCCUGGCCAUGCUGGGUAUUAUUGCCACCAUAUUUGUAAUGGCAACAUUUGUGCGCUACAAUGAUACACCUAUCGUGCGGGCGUCGGGCAGAGAGCUGAGCUACGUGCUUCUGACUGGCAUCUUUCUCUGCUACAUUAUCACCUUCCUCAUGAUUGGCAAGCCAGACGUUGCUGUGUGCGCCUUCAGGAGGAUCUUCCUGGGUCUGGGCAUGUGCAUCAGCUACGCCGCCCUGCUCACCAAGACCAACCGAAUCUACCGGAUCUUUGAACAGGGGAAGCAGACAGUAACAGCCCCCCGCUUCAUCAGUCCCACCUCCCAGAUUGCCAUCACUUCCAGUCUAAUCUGCAUUCAGCUGCUGGGGGUGUUAGUUUGGUUUGCCGUUGACCCGCCCAACACCAUCAUCGACUAUGACGAGCAGAAAACCAUAAACCCCAUGCUGGCCCGUGGUGUUCUUAAGUGUGACAUUACAGACCUGCAAAUAAUCUGCUCACUGGGCUACAGCAUCCUGUUGAUGGUGACCUGCACCAUCUACGCUAUCAAGACGAGAGACGUACCAGAAGACUUCAAUGAAGCCAAGCCCAUCGGCUUCACAAUGUACACCACUUGCAUUGUGUGGCUGGCCUUCAUCCCCAUUUUCUUUGGCACAGCCCAGUCUGCGGAGAAGCUGUACAUUCAGACAACCACCCUGACCAUCUCCAUGAACCUCAGUGCCUCAGUAGCACUGGGCAUGCUCUACAUGCCCAAGGUGUACAUCAUUAUCUUCCACCCUGAGCUGAACGUGCAGAAGAGGAAGCGGAGCUUCAAGGCCGUGGUCACUGCUGCCACAAUGUCAUCCCGUCUGUCCCAGAAGCCCAACGAGAGGCCCAAUGGGGAAGCUAAGACUGAGCUGUGUGAGAACCCUGCUUCUGACCCCAUGAGUCAAGCAACCAAGAAAACAUAUGUGAGUUACAACAACCUCAGGAUCUGACCUGCUUGGAAACGAGAGUUGUUUGUCCUUUAUCUGUCUUUGGAAACGCAAAGAGAGCUGUUGAGGAUCAGAGAAAGACAGACAGAGAGCACAGGCAUCCCAGCACCACCUGCAGUACCUAUGCACUCCAGGACUGUGGAUCGCAUCCAACCCUCAUCCAGACAUGAUGCACGAGCCUUGACAGAGACUAGCAGAGCUUUAGGCCUGUGUGGCUGAGUCGGCUCUCAGAAGUAAGAUGCAGGUUGUAAACUUGUGUUGUGGCCCCCUUGUCUGCCUCGGACACAGAAUGACUUGCCUGCUAAAAGGAGUCACUGUGAAUGAGGAUCACUGCAAAAAUGGACAAAAAUUGACUGCUUCAACAUUUUCUUUUAAAUUAUCAUUAAAGCCAUAUUCUCCUGCGGUGUCCAUUACCAGAUUUCUGUUUGCAUUGUUUAUGAGUGGUUAUCUUCUGUGCCUGUUUUUUUUCUUGAAGAUGAUUUAAAGACCUUGAACAGCAGGCUCUGCCACAUUCGGUAUUUUGUUGUUUUUUUGUUUUCCUUUAAGAUUUCGAGUCCAAUCAGUCCAAGAGCAUUAUUACGUUAAAGUGAUGGGCAUUGUUAGUAUAUUUCUUUGUAAAUAUUUGAGAGUAUUUUCAUGUUUGGAGUACACAAAAAAUAAAUAUCCUGUCUUUAUUCAAUUGGAUUUGGUUGGUAAUGAAAAGCACCACAAAGUGUUCACUUUGCAUGUGCAAAUGUAUGUCUGUUCCAUUUGAUGUAAACUUUAAAAGAAAAUAUGAAAAAAAGAGAGAAAUAAAUUCAAAAAAUGACAAUGAGCUUCAGCAUCCUUCUGCAAUUUGUUAUCGUUAUCGGAAGUGAACUGCGUUGAAUGAUGGAAUAUGGCUUUAAUCUGUAUGUGCACGCAUGUUUGUUGUACAUAGUUUCGUACUGGGUCUGUUUUUGCUUAGUUAUGCUGUGGGACACAAUAUCAGAGCAAUCAUGCAAGUAUGUUGUGAUGU